AUGUCCUCUCCAGCACAACGAAUCGAUUAUCUUCCAAUAGAUUCUCAUGGAAUGAUUGGAAAUAUGGAAACUUGUGCAUUGGUUGGAACCGAAGGCACAAUUGACUGGAUGUGUUAUCCACAAUUCAAUUCUUCAAGUGUUUUUGGACGAAUUCUCGAUUGUAGAAAGGGUGGAAGUUUCUCAAUUCGUGCUAUGAAUUACACAAAAACUAAACAACAUUAUUGGCCUGAUACAAAUAUUCUCAUUACAAGAUUCAUGUCCAAGCAUGGAAUUGGUGAAUUGAUUGAUUUUAUGCCAGUUUCUGAAAAGAGGCCUUGUACAAACUUUCUUAUUAGAAAAGUUAACUGUAUCCAUGGAUCCAUGACAUUUAAGGUUAGUUGCUGUCCAUCCUUUAAUUAUGCAAGUGAUUUGCAUGAAUGUAAAAUUGGAGCUCAUGGUAAAAAAGCAUUCUUUAAACCAUUUUAUAAUCCAAUGAAUCCAUUGAACAUUCCAGAGAGUAGUAUCAAUUGUGAACACGCUACAUUGUAUUGUAGUAAGCCAAUUCUCAAGAUUAUUCCAGUUUUACCAAUCAUUCCAAUUGUGAAUGGUGUAAAUACUCAAUCGAAUACUCUAUCCCCAACUGUCAGAAGACAAUCCAUGUGUAUGAUGGAUCCAUACGUUGAUUCAAUGACUGGUAAUUGUGUUGAAUGCGAAUUUACCAUUGAGGAAGAUGAAAGUGUAACUUUCGUAUUUGGUACAUUCGACGAUGCUUUGACUUGUCCAGAGCAAGAACUAUCAUCCAUCUUUGGUUCCAAGACAAUUACUCAAUAUGGUGAAGAAAUGCUCAAUGAAACUCUCGAUUAUUGGCAUGAUUGGCUUCAAAAAUGUACCUAUAAAGGCAGAUGGAGAGAACAAGUGAAAAGAAGUGCACUAGCUCUCAAGCUUUUAACCUAUGAAAAGACAGGUGCCAUUCUAGCAGCUGCCUCCACAUCACUUCCUGAAGGCAUUGGUGGGGUGAGAAAUUGGGAUUACAGAUUCACUUGGAUUAGAGAUGCCUCCUUCACACUCUACAGUUUCAUGAGCAUUGGUUUCAUGGAGGAAGCAACUAAAUUUGUGAAAUAUCUGGAAGCUAGAAUAUCAGAAAUGAAUUUAAAGUACAAACAAUCAGAUGAGAAGGGUUCUCCACCCCCACUUCAGGUCAUGUACAGUAUUGAUGGAGAACAUGAGUUGAUUGAGAGAACUAUUGAUCACUUGUCUGGUUAUAUGAAUUCUAAACCUGUUAGAAUUGGAAAUGGAGCCUAUGAUCAAUUGCAAUUGGAUAUUUAUGGUGAAUUGAUGGAUUCAAUGUAUAUUUAUGACAAGUAUGGGAAUUCAAUUUCUUAUGACUUUUGGAAGCAUUUGAGAUUUAUUACAAAUUGGGUUUGUAAUAAUUGGGAUGAAAAAGAUGAGGGUGUUUGGGAAGUUAGAGGUGGAAGACAACAUUUUGUUUACAGUAGAAUCAUGACAUGGGUUUGUUUGGAUAGAGCUAUAAAAAUUGCACAAUCCAGAUCUUUCCCAGCGGAUGUUGACAAAUGGAUUAAAGUCAGAAAUCAAAUAUUCGAACAAGUAAUCGAAAAGGGUUACAAUAGAGAACUUGAAUCCUUCACAAGUUUCUACGGAUCUGAUACACUUGAUGCUUCCACUUUGAUUAUUCCAUUAGUUUCCUUCCUGAGUCCAUCCGAUACUCUCGUAGUCAAUACCAUUAAGGCAAUCAAUAAGCCGCCCGAAGAAAAUGGAUUAGUGAGCUCUAGUCUUGUCUACAGAUAUCUGGUUGAAAAAACUGAUGAUGGGUUUAGUGGAGGAGAGGAGGGAACCUUCAAUUUGUGUACUUUCUGGUUGAUUGAAUCAAUUGCUAGAGCAUGUAGUUAUGGUGAAUCGAAGGAUCUCCUUCAGGAAGGUAGAAUGAUGCUUGAACAAAUGAUUACCUAUGGAAAUCACUUGAAUUUAUACUCGGAGGAAAUGAGUUUCAAUGGUUCUGCACUUGGAAAUUUCCCACAAGCGUUCACUUUCAUUUCUCUUAUUUCUGCUGCUUGUAAAUUGGACGAAACUCUUAACAAGAUGCAAAAAUCAUUGUAA